AUGGUGUCCUUUGAUGGAACCCAAGAUCCUCAAGAACACAUAGAAUCAUAUCGGGCUCACAUGGCAGUUAAUACUACAUGUAAAGCUUUUCUUUGUAAGUUCUUUCCUACUACCCUAAGCGGAUUAGCUUUAUCUUGGUAUACUUCACUACCUUGUGGGAGCGUUGAAAGUUUCGCUCAACUUGAGAAGAUAUUCUUAGAUCAAUUUAUUGUCUUUAAGAGACAAAAGAAGUCAUGUAUUCACCUUAUGUCUGUCAUCCAACAAGAAGGAGAGUUAGUCUCCAGUUACAUCAAGAGGUUCCAUGAUGAAGUCUUGACCAUUACGAACAUAAGUGAUUCUGCAACUGUGUCGACACUCAUUAAUGGAUUGAGAACUCAUAAAUUAAAAUGGCAUCUCAUUGAGAAUGGAGUUUCCUCCUAUGUUGAAGCAAUGCAAAUCGCUCAAAGGUUUGUUCAAGCCUCAGAAAUUUGCACACCUAUAGACUCUCAAGCUAAGAAGAAGAAGAAUGAUAAACUACAAUCCCAAUCUCAACCACAUGCAAAACCUUACCAAAAAGAAUAUACUGGAUACUCUCAAAUGGGGUCAGGUAGGCAAGAACCUCCUGGGUUUGAUCACAAUUAG